AUGCAGGGGGAUCUGGGCGCUGCGGAGCCGCGCGGGUGGCGGUCGCGGCCCGGCGGACCCAGGACGGCCCGGCCCGGCCCGGCCUGGCCCGGCCCGCAGGGCUCUGUGUGUGCGUGCACUGCCCACCCCCCCCCAUCUGGCGCGAGAUGGCGGACGAGAAGCCCCCAGCUGGUGGAUUACUUCGUGGUGGCCGGGCUGGCCGAGGCGUCGCGGGCGCCGGAGGAGGAGGCGGCGGCGAGGCCGGCGCGCCCCGCGGAGCCCAUCACGGACGUGGCCGUGAUCAUCCGCUCGCAGGGCGAGGAGGUGCCCCAGGGCUUCACCUGCAUCGAGAGCACCACCUCGGGCCACCCCGUGGACCUCAACGCGGGGCUGCUCAACAACCCCCAGAUGUUCCUGUGCUACAGGCGGGGCAGGGACAAGCCCCCCCUCGUCGAGCUGGGGGUGCACUACGAGGGCAAGGACCGUCCCAAGCCGGGCUACCAGAUCCUGGACACGACCCCCUACAGCCGUUCUGCCAACCUGGCCUCGGGCUCCCCGGGCCAUCAGCGCACAUUCCUGACGUUCCGGCGCUCGGCAGAGCCCCCCGGGCACCACAGCCUGGGCGUCACCGACAUCUGCCUCGUCAUGCCCAGCAAGGGAGAGACCACCCCCCACACCUUCUGCCGCGUCGACAGGAACCUCAACACCGGCAUGUGGGGCCCCGCCCUGUUCCUGUGCUACAAGAUCGCCGUGGCCAAGGGCAACACGCUGGUCUACGAGGCAGGGCUCCUGAGCCGGUACCCCGAGCAGGACAGCGAGGCGUUCCCGCUGCCCGAGUCGGUGCCCGUGUUCUGCCUGCCCAUGGGGGCCACCAUCGAGAGCUGGCCCGCGGGCACCAAGUACCCCCUGCCCGUCUUCUCCACCUUCGUCCUCACCGGCGCCUCGGGGGACAAGGUUUACGGCGCUGCCAUCCAGUUCCACGAGGCGUUCCCGCGGGAGCGGCUGUCGGAGGGGCAGGCGCUGCGCCUGGGGCUGCUCAGCGUGGUGGACAAGCGGCCGGUGCCGGGCCGCUCCCUGCACACCCGCAAGAGCAUCUGCGUGCUGUCCCACUGGCCCUUCUUCGACGUGUUCCGCAAGUUCCUCAUGUUCAUCUACCGCUACUCCAUCUCCGGCCCCCACGUGCUGCCCCUCGAGACGCACAUCUCCCACUUCAUGCACAACGUGCCCUUCCCGUCCCCGCAGCGCCCGCGGAUCCUGGUCCAGAUGUCCCCCUACGACAGCCUGCUGCUGUGCCGGCCCGUGUCGUCCCCGCUGCCGCUCAGCGGGGCGAGUUUCCUGACGCUGCUGCAGAACCUGGGCCCUGACAACGCCGUGGCCCUGCUGGUGGCCGUGCUGACCGAGCAGAAGCUGCUGAUCCACUCGCUGCGCCCCGACGUGCUGACCAGCGUGGGAGAGGCCCUGGUGGCGAUGAUCUUCCCCCUGCGCUGGCAGUGCCCCUACAUCCCGCUGUGCCCGCUGGCGCUGGCUGACGUGCUGUGUGCCCCCGUGCCCUUCAUUGUAGGCAUCCACUCCAGCUACUUCGACCUCUACGAGCCCCCCCGCGACGUCAUCUUCGUCGACCUGGACACCAACACCAUCUUCCAGAGCGAGGAGAGGAAGCUGCUGCCGCCCCGGGCGCUGCCCCGCCGGCCCUGCAAGGUCCUGCUGGCCACCCUGCACAGCCUGGCCCAGCAGCUGGAUGAGCUGCUGAGCGCUCCGGACGAGGCCCCCCCGGAGCUGGUUCUGAGCGCGGCGGAGGGUGCGGGGGCUCGGCGGGCACAGCUGGAGCUGGAGGCACGGGCGGCCUUCCUGCGCUUCAUGGCCUGUGCCCUGCGCGGGUACCGCUCCUUCCUGCGGCCCAUCGCGCCCGCCCCCGCGCCCGCCGAGCGCGACGCCGCCAGCCUCUUCGCCCUGCAGGGGUUCCUGCGCUCCCGUGAGCGGCAGUACCAGCGUUUCUACGGGCAGCUGCUCAGGACGCAGCUCUUCACCCAGUUCAUCGAGGACUGCUCCUUCGCCAGCGACCGCGACCCCUGCCUCGAGUUCUUCGACACCUGCGUCGACAAGGUGCAGGCAGCCCUGGAGACCCGGAGGACACCCCCUGAUGAGCUGACGACCCCCUCAGGUGAGCCCACGGUGUUCAUCACCCCGAGUGAGACCCCCACCCACCCACAGCCCCCUGCCCGGUACAGGUACGAGGGGUUCCCGGUCCGGUCCGAGCUGCUGGAGCCCCCUGGGACCUCUGAGGCCCAGCUGUGCCAGGCCCGGAGCAGCGCCCCCAGCAGCCCGCCUCGCAGGACCAAGCAGGAGCUGAAGGUGGCCCAGCGGGUGGCUCAGAAGUCGUCUCUGGUGCCCGAGCUGUGGGCACGGUGCCUGCUGGGGCACUGCUACGGGCUGUGGUUCCUGUACCUGCCCACGCUGGUGCGAGCGGCGCCCGCCAAGCUGGGGGCCCUGCAGCUCGCCUACGACGUCCUGCGCCAGAUGGAGCAGCACAAGGUGGUGCUGCCCGACGAGGUGUGUUACCGCAUCCUGAUGCAGCUGUGUGGCCAGUACGGCGAGCCCGUGCUGUCCGUGCGGGUGCUGCUGGAGAUGAAACGCGCCGGCAUCGUCCCCAACACCGUCACCUACGGCUACUACAACAAGGCGGUGCUGGAGAGCAAGUGGCCGGCAGGGACGCAGGGGGGGCGGCUGCGCUGGGCCAAGCUGCGGAACGUGGUGCUGGGGGCGGCCCAGUUCAGGCAGCCCCUGCGGCAGCGCCAGCGCAGGAGCAGCCACGGGGACACCCCCGGUGACGUGUCCCCGCCCCCAUACGGCCGCGGGCGCCCCGGCUCUGCCGAUGGGAGCCUGUCCGACGUCAGCUUCCACACGGACGACAGCGACCCCGGGGAUGAGGGGGUCCCAGGGUCUUGGGGUCUCAGGGGUCCCGGGGUCCCAGGGCGGGGGCACCCCUCGGCAGGCUUGGCGGCCAAGCUGCAGCAGUUGCUGUCGCCGGGCAAGCGGGGGGACCCCCAGGACCACCGAGCCCCCGGGAGCGCCGGGGUCGGAGCCGCGGACCCCGGGACCACUGGGACCCCAGGACCCCCGCGCCGCAGCCCCGCACAGCCCCCGGCUGCGCCCACGGGAGCGCCCCCAGUCCACGGCGUCAGAGCUCCGUGUCCAGUGACCUGGACCUGUCGGACGCCUCGGGGAGCGCCGGCCCCCAGAGCCAGCGAGAGCCUUCAGGAGGGGGCGAGCGGAACGAGAGCCCCAGUCCUGGAGGUGCUGCUGUCGAGCUGCUCUCGCUGCCCUGGCUGUUCCACGCUGGUGUUUGACGAGGAGCUCAUGGCUGGCUGGACCUCGGACGACUCCAACCUCAACACGAGCUGCCCCUUCUGCUCCCGCUCCUUCGUGCCCUUCCUGAGCAUCGAGAUCCGCGACCUCCGCCGGCCCCCCAGCCCCCUGGUGCCCCCUGCUGCCCCCGACCUCUCCUGA